UGAUUUUCUACAAAAAGAACCGAAAGGCAUUUGUCCCCAAGGGAAUCAGCUAUUUCAGAUUUUAUUAAGACGUCAACUAACAUUUUUUCAACAUUUCCUUCUGUUCUUUGUUUAUAAAGAAAGCUCUGAUUUUGUUUCAUUUUCAACUGGAGACUUAAAUGACACCAAGCAAAGUCUACUUAGUUUAGAUUUCCAGAAAUUGGCGAAACAUCAGACAUGAAGUUUGCGUUUUUGUUUUGUUUUUUUCUGCUUAUCGUUUUUCAAAUUGACUUUGGACAAAAUGAGGAAAUUCCUAGGAAACAAAGGAGGAAGAUGUAUCACAGACGACUAAGGAAAAACUCAUCACUCAACCAGAGGUCAAAGAGACAGCAGGGAAUCCAACAAACAACGACCACUGCACCAAUAGCAACCUUUCCCAUCAUUAACCUCGAUUACAGCACGGAGGAAAAGUUUGAAUCCUUUUUAAAUCUUCCUGGAGUAGAAUCAAGCUACAAUGUGUUACCAGGAAAAAAGGGACACUGCUUGGUGAAGGGCAUGACCAUGUACAACAAAGCUGUAUGGUCUCCUGACCCCUGUACCACCUGCCUCUGCUCAGACGGAAGAGUGCUUUGUGACAAAACCAUGUGCCAACCCCAGACGUGCCCUUACAAGCUCACACCCGAAGGAGAAUGCUGCCCGGUCUGCACUGAUACUGUUCUCUCCUACUCCCUUGCCAAUGGUAGUACAGUAAAUGAUAGAACUGAAUUUUCUGGUGAUUCUUCAGAACAAAGAGAACCGACCAAUGUGCUUCCUAAGCAACUGCCACCUCCUCAGGUAGAAAUGGACCAAGUAUUUGGAAAAGCAGCGCUUCAAUCUGAGGAGGCCGGGGAAGAAACUAAAGGAGAUGGAGAGCACAAGAAAGAGACCUCUGGACACAGGGGCCAGGGUGGACCUCACGGUGAGGGGGAGAGCAGAGGAGACGGCAGGCAGAGGCCUGGCAAUGCAGGGAGGCCAGCACAUCAGCAGCCACGCUGUGGAAGGGGGCAGGCGGAGGAAGAGGAUGAAGAGGAGGAAGAGGAGGAGGAAGGGGAGGAAGAGGAAGAGGCUGUAAGAGGAGACGCACUCCCAGUGCCCUGCCACCUCCCCUUCCCCGCUCCCCCCAGGGGCAGGCCACGCCUGCCAAGCGGCUGCUCCUUGUCCUACAGGACCAUCAGCUGUGCCCAUGCUGCCCUGACUCACAUCCCACCACUGAUGGCCCCGGAGAUCACAAACCUGGAGCUUGCAGGGAAUGCUAUCAGCUCCAUCCCGAAUGAAGCAUUUAAUGGAUUACCGAAUCUGGAAAGGCUUGAUCUGAGCAAAAAUAAUAUCACUUCUUCAGCCAUAGGUCCAGAAGCCUUCAAGCUUCUGAAGAAGUUGGUGCGCCUGAAUAUGGAUGAAAAUAAUUUAGUGCACAUUCCUUCAGGAUUACCAUCUACCUUAGAAGAACUCAACGUCAAUGAAAAUAAUCUUCAGGCUAUUGAUGAAGAAAGUUUUUCGGACUUAGAUCAGUUGGUCUCCUUAGAAUUGGAAGGAAACAACCUCAGUGAAGCCAAUGUUGAUCCUUUAGCCUUCAAACCUUUGAAGAGCCUAUCCUACCUGCGUCUGGGAAAAAAUAAAUUUAGAAUUAUUCCACAAGGUCUUCCUGCUACUAUUGAGGAAUUACAUCUAGCAAAUAACCAAAUUGAAGAAAUAACUGAAAUUUGUUUCAAUCAUACCAAAAAGAUAAAUGUGAUUGUACUACGUUAUAAUAAAAUAGAAGAAAGCAGAAUUGCUCCUUUAGCCUGGAUAAAUCAGGAAAACCUAGAAUCGAUCGAUCUCUCCUACAACAAGCUCUACAGCGUCCCCUCCUACCUGCCCAAGUCCCUGCUGCACCUUGUGCUCAUGGGGAACCAGAUUGAACUGAUCCCAGGCUACGUGUUUGGCCACAUGGAGCCAGGUUUGGAAUAUCUGUACCUGUCUUUUAACAAACUCACCGAUGACAGUGUGGACCGAGUUUCGUUCUAUGGGGCGUUUCAUUCUCUGAGAGAGCUAUUUCUGGAUCACAAUGGCUUGAAAUGUGUACCACCCGGGAUUCCGGAAAUGAAAGCGCUACAUUUUCUGAGGCUGAACAACAAUAAGAUUCGGAAUAUUCUUCCAGAACAAAUUUGUAACGCGGAAGAGGAUGAUGACUCCACUUUGGAACAUCUUCAUCUUGAAAAUAAUUAUAUUAAGACAAGAGAAAUAUCUCCCUAUGCAUUUUCAUGCAUACAGUCGUACUCAAGUAUUGUUCUUAAACCACAAAACAUCAAGUAGCUUCAAGUUUUCUGCUGCCACUUAUAAGGUUCACUCAUGCGGUUUACAGUAGUAGAAUUUGUCAUCAGUGAGAAACAUAAUCCCUGUUAUCCUCAGUAUCAUUAUACCAGUCAGUCUGAUUUGCCAGCCACAGAUAAGCAAGCAAAGGUAUACAAAGCCUUUUAGAGGUUCGCUGAAAGUCAAAAACAUUCAGUUUCCCACCUCUACACAGAAGCCACCUCACUAAGACAGGAGGCAGCAUGCUGAGCUAGACCAAGUAAACACGUCCUUUACCGUUGGUUUGACAUCUGCUAUUAGCUAAGAACUCUCCAAGUACCAUUGAAAAUUAUGUAUAAUUCAAGAACAAAAGCAUACAGACAGGUAAGCAGAAUUUAUGAGUUACUCCUAUUUAUUAUUAUGUGAAAACAGUGAUUUAUUAACAUUAAAGAAAGAUAGCAAAAAGGUAUCCAUGCGAUUCCACCCCAGGUUUGAAACUUCUGCAAGUGUAAAUUAUUUUUUAAAAGAUUAAAACACAGUAUUUCAAGAUCAGCAUCGCUAUUUUUCACUUAUCAAGAUCAAAAUAUUACAAAAAGCAGUAGAGUUUACUAAAAAUAUAAAUUAAUCUUGCCUAUAACCUUAAAUGUAAAUCUAAUACACAUAAUUUUUAAAAAAUUUUGUUAUACUGGUCAUAGUCGGCAUCUAUCUCCUUCGCUGUAAUUUGCUGAAAUGUAUCUUUUUAUUCAGUUUAACAGAACACAGAGCUGUUAGUGUUUAUUAUGUACUAGGCCCUACCAAAACUGUAUAUUAAAGUUUUCAUUAUAUAA